AUGGCUAAGCACCAGAAAGCUUUAGAAUUUGCAAGUUUGACUCAAGGGAAUAUGACGGUCGAUCAGUAUGCCGCUCGUUUUAUGGAAAUGGGAAGGUUCGCACCUCAUCUGAUCAGUACCAAGAAGAUGCAAGCUCAAGCGGAUAGGAAAAAGGGAUUUCCUUACUCGUCAAGAAGUAGUACUGGGAAGCGAAAGGCCCUGGUAACCCCAAGCAAAGGAAAGGGCGUGGUAGUUGGGAAGGCAGCACCCAUUACUCCACCACCCUGUCGCCAAUGCGGGAAAAGGCACAGUGGAAAUUGUCGAAGGGCCUCAAGAGCGUGUUUCAGAUGUGGUCAAAUUGGCAAUAUGAUUCGGGAUUGUCAGCAGAUUACGCCUGGAGGAGUGUCAACGCCAAAUGCUAAACCCAAGACUGCAGCAAAAGCCAAGGUUUAUGCUAUUACGCCAAGAGGAGUAGACCUAGAGGCUGAUGAGACGGCAGACGCAAGAGUGAUUAUUGGUAACAUUUCAAACCUUGCCUUAAUUAUAGACAGCUUGUGUCUGGGUAUCUUGAGUAAUCAUAGUUAUCUCUUUAGGUAA